AUAUUAAAAAAAUCUCAGUUAGAACGCCGCCUCCACGCGGCGAGUAUCGUACUAUGUGCACAAUCUGAAACUACCUUUACACGACUGUGUUGCGUCUGAAGAUGUUUUUGUGGUUUUUGGCUGUUUUCUUCUGUUGUGGCUUGUGUGAGAGCGAGGAAGGAGACCUUAGUUACAGUUUGAAUAUAGGAAACGCGAUUGAUGUAUUUGCAAACUAUGGCGAUCUAUCACAAGUAACACAAGUCGUGUCUGCCAAUUACGAAGAAGGUGAUAAUGUUGUGGAAACAGAACUUUUCCACGAGAAGAACAUCAGGGUUUUCGAGAAUGUCACCAGCAAGGAGACUCCGGGCGACCCGGGGAUUGAUAUGAACAUACUCCUUUGUGAAUCUUUUGAGGAUCUACUCGCCAAGUACUUCCAGAACUUCAAAAUCGAAGGUACAGAAAUACCAUGGAAGGCGUUCUUAGGAGAUUGGAUACAAGAUGAAAUCAUGAGGACCUUCGGCAUGGAGUUCGACUUAGAACGGGACAACUGUUGCUAUGUCCUCGUCAAACUGUCUAAGACCCACAAAACAGUCAAAAUGGACGUCGAUAACAAUAUUCGUUCGAAGGAAUAUGUUCGAAGAGAAAUAAAUAGUUUGAACGCCAGUGACUCAACAGCUGUUAGGCGUUUCAUGAAGAGCUAUGGGACUCAUUACAUAGAUUCGUUCGUUACUGGAAACUUUAUUUACCAGGUAUUCAAGUACAAGAGGCCCGGAUAUAAUCUUCUAAAAGCAUAUAUCAAAGUUCGUGAGCAACGCAAAUCUAACUUUGGCAACUUAAGAUUUUACUUUUCGUCAUAUUUUCUUAAGCAAGUUGGAGAAAUAAGGAUUGCCAGUGGAAAUAAAAGGAUAGAACGAUGGGCCCGGAACAAUCUCUUAGAUAGUCAAUAUCUAUAUUCAAGACCUAGCCUUCUGAGGGUCCAUUACAAUCCCAUUCUAGCGUAUAAACUCAACGAAAUGCUAGACAACGAAGCGCUUUUGGGAUUGAAUUUGAAAAUCUUAGGACCUUUGUUUAAAGACCGAUACAAGAGAGAAAAAUACAGGGAAAUCGUGGAGAAUGACAUGAAACUUUGGGAAGUCAAUGCUUGAGAAUAUAAAUGAAUAUAUCAGCUGUGGUCUAGUGCUGAAAGGGCCAAUAUUAAUAACCCUUGUUUGUGGUUAUCAAAAUAGAAACAAUGAACAUAUUAUGUGGGUUGUUUUAUAUCACAUAUACCUUUUUGCAUAAUAUCGGUAUAAGUAAUGUAAGUUUAUGCCAUUUAUUACCAAGAUUAUUUUUAAUAAUUUUUCAAAUGUUGAAUUGGCGUUUAUAAAUAUUUUAUUCAAGCAAUAAAUUUAGCCCUUUUAGUACCAGACCACAGAUAAAAAAUUAAUAUGACAUUGUUUUGGUACCGAAGAUUGGUGAAAAGGAACGUUAUGGCACUGAUUAAGAUCGUAGCAGGAAUAGUUUUUAAUACAAAAUAAUAAAACCUCAACAUAAUAAAUACCAGUAUUUUAAAAAAUAAAACUAAGUAAGUGUACAUACAAUUUUUUAUUUCAUUUAGAAGUAUUGACACAAUUGGUUACAUUUUGAUAUUACAUAUUAUUAGUGUUUG